AUGCAGCACGCAUUCUACAAGGACAAUCGCAUAGUCCCUUUGGGGAUUAUGCUGCUGACCUUCAUCAUCUUCGUUUACCAUUUUGAACUCGAUCGUCAGGGUCCACUCGGGGAGAUCCCGGCGUCGGCUGUGCCCGCUACAUUCGUUGUCGAGUCGUCGCGACAGAACGAUCCUGUGCCAUAUGUGGAAUACUUGGACACCGACAGCAAGACUGUCAACCAUGUGGCUCCUUCGGCAGUGCCUUCAAUAGUACCGUCGGGCGCGUCCAGCGGUUCUAGCUCUCCGCGCCCGCAAAAGGGCUUGACUACGGAUGAUAUUGUGCUUAUGUUCAAAACCGGUGCCACCGUUCUGUGGAAGAGAGUUCCCAUUCAUCUGGCGACUACUCUCUCGUCUAAGCGCAUCAAUCCCAACAAUGUUUUGCUGUACUCUGAUUAUCCCGAGACCAUCGGCUCAUGGGAAAUCAUUGACAUUUUAGAGAACACCACCGAAAAGGUGCGAAACUCUGAAACUUUCCAACCGUACCUUCAACAGGAAGACUACGAAUCGCGCCAGAAUUAUGCCGAAAUGUCCAACGUGCCCGGCGACGCUGCUGGUCCUCGGGCGGCUGGAAGCUCGACAAGUACAAGUUCCUGCCCAUUGUCAAGCACGCAGGGCUCAGCAAACCCGAUGCCAAAUGAGAAAUUCGACCACACCGAGCCGUGGUAUCUAGGCAGCCUGGCCUGGAUUCAUGGCGACUAUUUCGCUCACGGCGGCUCCGGAUUUGCCCUUUCACGAGGCGCAUGGGAGAAGAGUUUCGGCAAGGAUCCGCUUAUUGUAGAGCGGUUCGAAGAAUUCACAGAAGCCCACGGAUGUGGAGAUCAUAUCCUGGGCCACGUACUGAAAGAAUAUGGGGUUCAGUUCGGCGAGACUACUGGCGACAGUCGCUUCCGCUAUGGGUUCAACCCGGAGUCGCACUGGUCGACAUGGUACGAGCAGGCCAAUUGGUGCAAGCCUGUCUACAGCUGGCAUCACACUCAUAGCAAAGACGUGGCGAGGUUCUACAAUCUCGAACAGGAUUGGGACUUUGAGAAAGGACCGUUGAGAUUCCGUGAUAUUUACAAGGCGCUGGUCGCCCCAUAUUUGCACUCUCGCGUGGAAUGGUGGGAUAAUUGGUCCUCCAAGUAUGAGAUCAAGUCUAGCGUCGCCAAGGACAUGCAACCACCAAGCACUGUCCAAUCCGCCGAGGUGUGGCGCAGUGGGUGGCGGUCUGUCGAUGCGUGCGAAGCCGCCUGCACGACCUGGUCCGAGUGCGUACAGUGGUCCUUCUACGAAGACCGAUGCAAGAUGGACAGCAUGAUACUUCCAGGCAACGGAAUCCCCGAGACCGACUCACGCCGCCAAACGAGUCUGCCCUGGGUCAGCGGCUGGUUACCUCGACGAGUGGAAAAUUGGGAAUGUCAGGAAUAA